CGGCUAAAGGAUUUCGAGACAGCUGGACAGCUCCACGUUAAGAAGGUACGGCAUCCGUUCCAGGAAUUUGGCACUGGUGAAAUACCCCACGUUAUUUCCAAUUGUAAUACAAGACUAAUUGAGUUUUAUUUUGCAGAAGGUCACAGUGUAAUCAAAUUCGGAACUUCGAAAAGGCUGGUUUUUCGUAAACUUGUGAAAAAUAGUCAAUAUAAAUGUCAUGUAAUGCCAUUGACCGCAUGCAAGACACUCCCUUUUCAUCAUUUCACUGUGCUAUUUAGUUUUUGCUUGUUUCAUUAUUUCAUUAACUUCCCCUGUGAAGUACGCGUGAUUUGACAUUCGUUUAAACGGUUUUGACAGGCGAAUAUCUUUUAUAGCUGUAAUCAUUCUUUGUUGUUAAACGGAAUGUGCGUAAACUUCUAAAGAGUUGUGACGUUUUAAAGCGGAAAUAUUAUAUAGUAUUGGCAGGAAACACCAGAAGGUAUCAAGAAAAUAUUGGCCUCUGGUAUAAUAGAAUAAAUUUUACUUUUCGCAUCCUCCAGAGUAAGGACACCGAUACCAGGAAUAACCGUUGUCCUUUAGUUCACACCUCGCUCACAGACUGUAAGAAUGGAUAACUUCAUUAAAAGUUAACUGUUGCAUAUAAUUAGCAGCCGGUGUAGUAAGUAGCAUAAUGUACCACCCAGCCGGCGUUCUAAACAUCACAAGCGAUACAUCAAUCUGUAAUUUGUAGGCGCUUGGGAUCCCUGGUUUUCAGUUAUAGCUUAAAGGAAACUUGCACAACAUACGUUUUUAGUGCUUGUGUGCUGGUAGGUUUGUGAUUGUCUUAUAUUAAGACUCCAAAGUUUUCGAAGCAAAUGCAAAGUUUCCUACAGGGAUUGAGUUACAUUAGUGGAUAAUAUCUCCCCCUGAUGCCCCAUAUAAAGCAAUAAGUACACUGAUAUGUCAAUGUCUUUACAAAUCUCAUCGGUAGCAAUACUGUGUGUCCAAAGAUGCAGAACGUCCUGUCUGCAGUGAAAUUAGACAUUGACAUGUUGCAUGUUGACAAACGUGCAGUGCUAAUCAAGCUGUUCGUUUGUGAAUGGACUUGAUGACCAGUAAUUUAUGAACUUCAGUGAAUAAGAAAUAACUUUAUUUCUUGACACAUUAUUUUCCUGCACUACUGUAUAGUAAGCUUGACAUUAGUGUUUGUGCAAGUGCAUCAACAAAAACAGAUAAGCAGUAUAAGAUUCAAAGUUCUGGACAGCAAUAUUCAUGAAAAUUUAAACUAGGAAAAACAAUGAAGUAGACAUACUUUUACAAUCGGAAUAGUUUUCUACUUUGGACACAGUUCUGUAAGAUAACACAUUUCAUAUUUUCAUUCCCUGCUGUGCUGUGGGAUAAUAUUCUGGGGUAACUGCUGACUUAUGCAUAAAAUAAAGUACAAGUAAUUGAAUCUGGCCGGGUCUCAAACAUGUGAAUCUUGGCAGGAAUCUGUUUAAAACAGUUGGAAAUAUUGUCACUUGACAGCGUGUUUAUCCAUUGGUAUAGUUUAACAGGCCAUUGCAAUUUGAGAGUAAUCAAGGAACAUAGAUCUGCACUUUGAUCAGUUUUAAAUUUAGAACAAGGAGUAAAAUAUAGUUGUAAAAAUCUUUGAUAGUGCGCUUAUGGAAAUGUCAGUCAACAGAAGUGUUUCCCAAUGUAAACCAAAAUUGUUUUAACUUGACUACCUGUCACAAUAAAAAAAAACUCCUGACUAGGAAUAACUAAUUGGUUUAUAAUUAAGUGUUAGUUAGUAGCCAUAAAAAUAUUUUGUUAAUUUUAUAUGUUCCACAUAGGUAUAAUAUUGAUCAUGAAUAUAAUCAUUUAAGAAUAUAAGUACCACGAGAAAUGUUCCAGUGAGCAAAAACUUACGUACUACUGAGAUGAAAUGCUUUCAUAUGACACAAGCAUAACUUCGAGUGCACUGAUGACCCAGUGAAUUGUGUGUAUUAGACUGUUCGGAGUGAACUUCUGAGCUGCUAUAUUUAGACUAGGCCCAGAGCCCAAUGCUCUGUGACUGGGAGUAUUGCCAGUCAGUCAGGUAGCAUUUUAUGAGAAGGCCGCUCCUUGCAGGAGGCCUUAACUUUGUAGUAGGUUGUUUCAAGGGCAGUGUAUCACCUCUCAUCCAUAUUCAAUUUUUCUUGCAGUCUGGUGCCUGUAGGUUGGUAAAUCAAAGGAGAAGUAUGGUUUGGUCAACUGUUUACGAUACUGAUAAGACAAUGACAGACCAACCUAGUCAUCUGCCAAAAAUGCAGAUGCAAGCAGCAGAUGCAGUUAGCCACCUUGACCAUAUGUGCGCCCUCGACAUUGACUCGAAGGCUUCAUAUGUUCGUCUCUCCGGCAUCAUUUGUACGAUUGGGCCAGCAUCUCGUGAUCCUGCUGUGCUGGAAAAGAUGAUGGAAACGGGUAUGAACGUAGCGAGAUUGAAUUUCUCGCAUGGCAGUCACGAGUACCAUGCAGAGACAAUAAAGAACAUUCGUGAAGCUGCAGCCAAUUACAGCAAGAAAUUGGGCAUGGAAUAUCCACUGGCAAUUGCCCUUGACACAAAAGGGCCAGAGAUCCGAACAGGGCUGCUUGAGGGGGGCGGCUCAGCUGAGGUGGAGCUGGUAAAGGGCCAGUCCAUAAAGCUGACGACAGACAAGGCUUACAUGGAGAGGGGAACCUCAGAGACUGUGUACGUGGACUACGACAACAUCCUGAAAGUGGUGAAGCCGGGAAACCGCAUCUUCAUUGAUGACGGGCUUAUUUCUGUUAUCUGCACCUCUGUAGCCCCACCUCACUUGGUGUGCACUGUGGAGAAUGGAGGAAUGCUGGGAUCUCGCAAGGGUGUUAACCUGCCUGGCCUCCCUGUAGAUCUGCCAGCUGUUUCAGAGAAGGAUAAAAAGGACCUGCUGUUUGGUGUGGAGCAGCAGGUGGACAUGGUGUUCGCAUCAUUCAUACGGAAUGCGGCAGCUCUCCAGGAGAUACGCAGUGUCAUGGGUGAAGGAGGAAAGAAGAUUCUUAUUAUCUCAAAAAUUGAGAACCAUCAGGGAAUGGUUAAUUUGGACGAGAUCAUAGAGGCAUCUGAUGGCAUCAUGGUGGCCCGUGGUGACCUGGGUAUUGAAAUUCCUCCUGAAAAGGUCUUCCUUGCUCAGAAGGCAAUGAUUUCCAGGUGCAACAAGGUCGGGAAGCCAGUCAUCUGUGCGACGCAGAUGUUGGAGUCCAUGGUGAAGAAGCCCCGACCCACAAGGGCCGAAACCUCGGACGUCGCAAAUGCCAUCCUGGACGGUGCCGACUGUGUCAUGCUGUCUGGUGAGACUGCCAAGGGAGACUACCCUCUGGAGUGUGUGCUGACCAUGGCAAACAUCUGCAAGGAGGCAGAAGCGGCCAUCUGGCAGAGGCAGAUCUUCAGCGACCUCAGUUCCAAGGCUGUUCCUCCGAUGGACGUAGCACAGUCUGUAGCGAUAGCCACUGUGGAGGCUUCCAUGAAGUGCCUGGCCACUGCCAUCAUUGUCAUCACCACCACCGGGCGGUCGGCACACCUAAUCUCAAAGUACCGUCCCAGGUGCCCGAUCAUCGCGGUCACGCGGUACGGACAAGUGGCUCGUCAGUGCCAUCUCUACAGGGCUAUCCUGCCCUUGCAUUACACAGCACCACCACUGCAGGACUGGCUGAAGGAUGUGGACGUGCGUGUCCAGUUUGGUUUGCAGUUCGGCAAGUCUCGUGGUUUCAUUCGUGAUGGAGACCCAGUAAUCGUUGUCACUGGCUGGAAGCAGGGCUCCGGAUUCACAAACACUAUGCGCAUUGUUCACGUGUAAUCAUGCCAAGUCCGUUGUAGCUGAUUGCUGAAACAUUUCAUCCCAUCUUUCGUUUGGCUUUCUGUUGGCGUCUCAGUGCCCGUAUGCCGUGUAAUGGAAUAAAAUUUUGUAGCAGCAGAUGCUAGACUGUGUUGUUUGCAGACUGUCCUUCCAUAUUAGGAAGAGUCAGUGAGGUACUGCCAAAGAUAACUACUCAGUUAACACACACCUGGAUGCUUUGUUGAGGAAUUUUACUCCUCGGUUUCAUGUUCACUGUUUGUUUCAUGGUGAAUGCACCAAAAGCUGUCCUUUUCAAAAUAUUGUUGCAUGUUCAAGCGGUGUGUGUGUGCGCGCGCCUGUCAGUUUUGUGUAUUUGUGCUUUAGUUCAAUCAUGUUGUCAAUUCUAUUAUUCCUGGAAAUGAAAAAUACCCAGCCAUGCAUAUUUUCAGUAUUAAAAUGUUGGAAGUAGUUAUUGAACACGGCAUGGAAAACACUGUAAUGAAUGUAAUACAAAUAGUUUGUAAUUAAGAAGGCAGAGUUAACGUUGUGAUACAUAUUUGAUAUAUCUAUAUUACUGUUGAACCUAUCAAAAGUUAACUUCCCCCUCCAUAGAGCCUGGCAGUUUCCAAGCAUACAAUGUAAUUGUUCCUGAUCACAGUAUAAUUUUAAUUUAUUUUUAUUAACUUAUAGCUAUUUAAAAACUGUUGGGCAAUAUCUGGUUCCAAUAAUUGUUGAUAUGUAUUAAAUUUUGUGUAAGUUGAUAAAGAAAGGAAAACUACAUUGAAGUAAUACUGUAAGGAAAAAAGUUGAAAAUAUACUCAGCAUAUCUGAUUGA